UACUAUUCAACUUCAACUAUUUCAUUCAUUGUAAAUAGAUUCAUAAUUUAUUGUGCUUACCUAUGAUGUUCUAGCGAAUAACUAGUACGUAGUAUUUACUUGUCUAUCAUCUUAGUCUACAGUAAUUUCAUUCGUUCAUACGAUAGCUAAACGUCUAGUUUUCAAGCCAUCGAAUCCUAAAUGUCCUACGGGUGUUAUUCCCCUGUCUUACAUGUGUCUUCCGGCGCCUCGUGGCGUUUUUUUAAUCUUCCCCGUCGAGUUCCCCCUUUCUUCUCAUCGACAAUGUGAUUUUUGACAUCAUCGCGGCUAGGUAUAAUCCAAGGCGGUAAGAUAUCUAUGACCGUAAAAGCCUUGGGAUUUUACUAGGAUCCAUUUCCUUGAUUAUCCAAAGCCAAAAAGAUACACCCAAUGCAGCCCCGUUCGCGACCUAACGUAAACCCUCUCGAAGAUAAGGAAGAGGAAACAAGGCCAAUCUCACCGGGCUGCUAAGGGAACUUCCCCGCGCGCGAGACGUGGCGGAUGCAAGAAAUCAAGCCGCAUAAAUAAUAAAAAAUAAGGAAAAAUUCCAGCCAUGCGUUCGCGUCCCUACACACCGCCACCUGCGCUGCCACCGCUGCUCGCCGAGCUCUCCACGUUCCUCCCCAAUCGCGACCGCAGAAGCGACGAGAGCGACAGAGCAGCGGGAGCAGCCUUGUUCGAUCUAGACCCCGAGACAAGCCGGCUAUUGCCAGCCCAACAAGAGCGCGAGCGACCGCAGCACUGCGUAAGAGUCCAGGGCCGACUGGCGCCAGUGCGCAGCGUGUCCGUCGCCGCGACGACUCCGCGCUCGACGAGCCAGACGCGUUUCGACGCGGCUGUGAGCGGCACCGCGGCUCGGGCUCGGGCUCGAAGGCGGCGGAGCUCAGACGACCUGCGUGAACAUGUGCAUGUACAUGCACAUGCACAUACACCUGUAUUGAGUACUAGUCGCGAGGACGAGGAGGCGGGAAGCGAGAGAGACGCGCAGCUCAGAGGUUAUGGCAUUGGCGGACGGGGCAAUAUCCGUCGGCCUACGGACGUCAUAGGGACGCAGUCCAGCAGCGCAUCCUCCCUAUCCGCGCUGUCCCUUUUUUCGGGGACCGGCUCGACGCACCGCUCGUACUUGGGGUCGGGUGCGGAUAAUAAUAAGAAGUUUAGUCUCUCGGGGAUAUUAAAUCGAAUCGAAGAGCGGAGGGGGAGGGAAAGGAGUGUUCGGAUAUGAUACGAUAUGAGUAUUAAUGGAACGGCGUAUGAGAGAAGUCUAAACAUGCCUUAGGUACCUAAUCUAUCCUGGGUAAAUUAUCAUUUUUUUAAUUAUUUGUUUCUUAUACAUAAUACAGCUUAGGUCUGAUAGAGAAGCUUUAGUGUAACUAGAAGAUAGCUAGGUAAUCAAGAACAUAUACAUUUUCGUACCAA